CGAAAAACUUAAGAAAGUGCAAAAGCUUAAAUGCAUCUAGUGACAGCGCCCCCCGGAACGCGUACCGAAUGAGCAGAAACAUGAAAAGGCAGCUGGAAAAGUUCAAAGAGGAACUCAAAUCGAACCUAUCGCGGUCCAGCAAGGCGGAAAAGAAUGCCGACGGACUGCAGGAGAUCGAGCGUGAAGUCGACCGCUACAAAGACAUUCUGCAGAACCUUAACAAGCGGAUAGCGACGAACGUUUCCGCCGGCCAGCCCCAGGAUGCGGUGGCGCGCGAGAAGCGCUGCAAGAAGGUGCCCGAGUUCCAGCUCGGCCAGCUGAUGGAGGAAUCGGUCAAGGAUCUACCGACCGGCCUGCUGAAGGAUGUGCUGGACACGUGUGCACGCGUCGAGAAGCGAAUAGCGACGGAGAUUGUGAACAACGAGGUGAAUGUGGAGAACUCCGUCAGCAAAAACCUUAACGACAUCAUCGAGCGCCACUUGUCCACGAUCCAGAAGCAGAAGCGUGUCGUCACCAAGUGCCACCAGGAGUAUGAGGCCUCGCGGCAAAAGUAUGAUUCGGCCCAGCGCAACAGCGAUCAGGCGGGAAAUCAGGCAAAGAUUACACAGCUGAAAGAUGAUCAGGAGGAACUGCACACCAAGCUGGAGAAGGAGCGCGAUCUGUACGAAUCGUACAUGUACGAGCUGCUGGCGGAAGAGGAAAACAUCGCCCUGUUCGUGAAAGAGUAUGUCAAGCACCAGGAGCUGUACUUCACGUCCGUCUUGAGGGAGAUACAGCACACGAUGCGCAGCAUGGAUGGGUUGUUCCGUCGCAAUAACAAGCAAAUCUUCAACACACCCCUGCGGGAUCAUCUGAAGGCGACGGAUCGUAAAAUUGCUUACGUGAUCGAACUGUGUGUUUGCUGUCUGCUGGAGAAGGGCCUCUACGAGGAAGGGCUGCUGCGAGUCGGAUGCGCAUCAUCCAAACUGCGCCGCAUGAUUUCGGCGAUCAACGCAAACUACGUGUCGCCACCGCUUGCCGACAAAUACAGCGAUCCGCACGUCGUGGCGGGCGUACUGAAAAAGUACCUACGAAGCUUGCCGGACCCGCUGCUCACGUUCGAGUUCUAUCCGGACUUUGUGCAGGCGGCACAGAAGCCGAGCGAUGCGCAACGGAAAGCGGCCAUCCUCGAUAUCGUGAACCAGCUGCCGAAGGAAAACUAUGACAACCUGCGCUACCUGACCAAGUUCCUGUCCUACCUGGCGGAGAAAAACCAGGAGAACAAAAUGUCGCCGCAAAACAUUGCGAUCGUAAUGUCGCCCAACUUGCUGUGGUCGCCGAACGAGAACGAAAAUUAUAUGGAUCAGGUGAAUAGCACCGCCACGGUGAACACGAUCGUCGAGGCACUGGUAGCCGAUUGGUCGUUUUUCUUCGACGGUGAGGUGAAUUUCUACGUCAGCAUGACCCGGGAUGCGCUGUUCCCGGACAAUGGGGGGUUCCCGUUCGACAAGGAUCAGCACGUACGGAGCGUUCCUGGUGCGGGUGGUGAUAUGAUGUCGCGGUCGAUGUAUGUUACCUCGUCGACCGGUGGCCAGCCGACGGUCGCUGUCACAAUGACGGGUGGUAGCAGCCAGGACGAGCUGCGUCUCGGUCGAGGAGAGGGUGGCGGUGGAGGAGGAGGAGGAGGAGGUGGUGGUAGUGGCGGAGGAAUAGGAGUGUCACAUUCCCGGAGCAGCAGCCACGAUACUAGUCUUAUUCUAAUCAGUAGUAAUAAUAACAAUCAUAACAGUGGUGGCGGUAGUACGGACCAGUUAAAGUAUCGCAGCCAAUCGAACAGUUCACUAUCGGAUCAUUCCAGCCCGCCCCAGGAGUACAGUCCGAAGCUACCGAUCAGACGAAAGCACAACAAACAGGUAGCACCAACACCGCCGGACAACAAUCACCAUCAUCAUCAUACUAAAGGUUCCCGGGAGGGGAACAACAAGCUCCACUCGUCGACGCAUUACUUCAAGCAGCUGAGCAGCAGUUCGGCAGUUGGCAUAGGGUCCGCGAGUGGCACACACAACGGGGACGGAGAUGACGGAUUUGCGUCGCUACAGCAUCACGCGUACAAGCAGGCUCAGGCAGAGUACGAACGGCAGCCAAUGUUGCGGGCUGAAAGUCACGACAAUCUGCUGAAGCUAAAGUCGACCGACAAAAUUCCGCCGCCCCGACCAGCCGCCGUCAGUAUCAGUGCCGACAGUCAAGUGCUGGGCAAAAUUAAGGCCAGUGUAGCUAGCAGCACUCUACAGCAGCACCAAAAUAAGCAACCAAAUGCUCCCAAUUGUGAUACAACUAGUAGCAGUAGCAGUAGUAGCGGCAGCAGUAGUAAGGACAACAAGGAAAACAAUAACAGGGCGGCGGCAUUGGGUGCGGCGGGUACGGGAGCCAACUUUCCUCCGCUGAAACCCGUCGCUCUACCGAGGACAACGAUUCUUGGUUCGUCGACGAAAGCGCCGAGUGGCGUGAGUGCUGGUGGGAAUAGCAAUAACAAUAACGAUGACGGAUCGGGUGAGAAUGGAUCGGGCGGUGUGGUAAUACGGGAGAAACCCGUCAUACCCGAACGGCCUGCAACGUUAAUGCGUCCGAUGAGUUUCAAGGGUUCGAUACCGGAGAUCUCGAAAGUGAGCGAAGGUACCAACACGAUCAUUAGCGGGUUAUCCACUACUUCGGCAAGUUCGCUAAAGAAAGCGCAAAGUUUCCGUGGUGAAACGACGACGGGUGGUAAUCGGAUAGGAGGAGGUGGUGGGUCGGAAAAAUCUUCCGACCUAGAGCGGGGCACGCUCGAACGGACACAAAUCUACAACAUCGACAAGCAGCAGGUUGCAUUCAUCGACGUGGUAGAACGAUCGUCCGAUGAGGAUCAAGGUUCCUCGGGUACUACGGGUCUGUCGAAGCCGAAACAUUCGAGCACGCGCAAGGACAAACCGGACCCACUGCCAGCCAGUGCCGUGAUGAACCACCAGCAGGUGGAUUUGAUCCCAUCCUCCUCCGGCAAUACUACCGUUCCCCAAGGCACACCACCACUAGCAAUGAUGGAAUCGACCGGUUCACUCGGCAGUGAUGUACAAUCGCCCGUCAACCCGAUGCCACCACCACCGACUGCCUCCACGACACCACCGAGCAGCGGGACAGCCAACAACAAUAAUACUACUACUACUACUAGUCUGCAGCAUGUUCCACAGUCGCCGCGUGGCAUCGAUCCGAAAAUUAAGCGACCACAGGUACCGGCACCGCCACCACCGGUCGGGCGACCAAAAUCGUCCGACUCGACCGAUUUAUAACAUUUCGGGGAGGUGUUGAUUUAGAAUCCG